UCUGUAGAAACACUCUCGUUUCUCUCUUCUCUCGCGCGCGCCGCACAAAGCAAAGAAGCAGAAUCAGAAAUCAAAGAGAGGAAGAGAAGAGGAGAAGUCAGUUUUCUGUCCAAGAAAAGGGGAAGAAAUGGACGACUACACCAGAGAGAUGAUGGACCUGAAAACCCUCGUCACGCGAACCCUAGAGAAGAAAGGCGUUCUUGCCAAGAUCCGGGCUGAACUCAGGGCAAGUGUCUUUGAGGCAAUUGAAGAGGAGGAUCAGGUAAUUGAAAAGGAUGAAGGUUUGCCUCCUGCACUACUGGGUAGCUGCAAUGAUCGUGCAAAACAACUCCAUGCUUCUUCUUCUGGAAGACUUUUAACAGCACUAAUAUGUGAAUAUUUAGACUGGGCGCAAUUAAACCACACCCUAAAAGUCUAUCUGCCAGAGUGCAAUUUGCAAAAGGACUUUUGGAAAGCUGAGUUGAAAGAAUUUGGUGGCAAAAACGAUUAUGAUCCCAACAGAAAUGGGGAUAGUGGUCCUUUGCUUUUGGAUGUUCUUGAAGGCUUUUUAAAGUUUGAGAAUAUAUCCCAAGCUAGGGGAACUGGAAGGAGACCUCCAGAAACUGAGGCUUUAUCUAGUUUAGAGCCUAGGAAUGCAAGAAGAUUCUCAUCAUCAUCUGUGGCUGGGGGUUUACCUCCACUAGCAAGGCCAGUUCCAGUUUCCCAAUCAUCUGACAGGAGAGCAGGAUCCUCCAUGUCUGGCUACAGAAAAGAUGAGUACAAUUGGAGAUACGACAGCGACAAUGUUCCAGAGGAUGUAAUUCGAGCUUCAGCUGCCCUGGAAGACCUUCAGUUGGAUCGAAAAGCCAGGAAUUUAACUUCUUCAUGGCGGCACGGUGGAGAUGGAAUCAGUGAGGAAGAUGAUGGAAGAGAUUGAUCACACGUAGCUGAAUGACAUCUGUAGUGUUAGUGUGUAUUUCAGGUUUUCACCCCCUAAAUGUCCUUUUUUUUUUUAACCAUAAUUAAGGGUAGAGUGAAGCUUAUGUAAGUUUUACGAAUCAUGUGGUGCUCUAGUGCUCUCCUUGAGCUUUCUACUCUUUUUGCCUUCUGCUUUCGGAUCCAUUCUGAUAUCUGAAUGAUUCAUUCUGUAAAACUCUCUUCGUUGAGUUCAAUGCCGCCGUUCUGAAAGUUUUG